AUGACUGACGAGUAAAUAGCUAAUCUAUUGAAAACAGAAGCUGAGAAACUAAGGAUGCUAUGUCACGGGUACAAAUCAAUUGAAGUUUCCCCUCUUUUAUUUCACUACGCUCUUGAUUAACGAAUACAGCAAUCUGAUGACUUGCUAUACAAUCUAAAACACAAUUACUUUGAUAUCCUGCGUAAAUUUGCAGAGGCUGAGAAAGCAUUUCCAAAGCCAAUGGGUGAGAUCACUGAGGUAAGAGAUAUAUACAAGGAUGGCGUAAGACCCGUGAAGAAGAAAAUCAGAGAAAUAUGGCAGCAUUUGUUUCAUAAUAUUCACUUACCAAAUCAAAGAUAGGAUGAAAGAGAGCGAAUUAUGAAUCUCAAGCUCAAAAGAGAGACAGUGGCUGAAGAAAUAAGUCUUAACAAUUCGACUGUUAAGAUGCCACAAAGACCACAGUCUGAACGCAGAACAGCACUGUUGCUUUCAAGUACCGGCAAGAAGGAAAGUUUUAUGAAUAAAUUAGGCUAAAAACUAAGCAAAAACAAGAAGUAUAUUAGAAUCAUAAUGAAGGGUAAAAAGUAAAAAGAUCUUAACAAAAUGAAAGAAGAGAAGCAAAAUUUACUAGAUGAUUCAGUCAAGUACUUAGGGAAGUAAAUUGAUCCCUAUUCAGCCUAGCAUAAGAAGGACAUUAACUUUUACAGAGAGGUUUUGCUUAAUGAUGCCAACAUAGUCCCAGAAUCAAGAGUAGUUAUCUCUAAAAACUAGCUACUAAAAAUAAAGGAGGAAAAGUUUCAGCCGAAGUCAGCUAGAGAGUUAUUUAACAAAAAGAACUUUAAAACUGCAAGCAUAUCAACUUUCGAUUAGAAACCUUUCGAUAAGACCAAGCUUAUGAAAGAUAUAGAUUUAAGACCGUAUGUGCCAGACCCUUCAAUUAAUUACAUGGAUUUGUAGGGAUUUAAACUUCCUCAGGAGCGCAAAUUUGAGAUAGCUAGCAGAGAUAUGUCAGAUUCAGCCCACACAUAAAACAUGCUUAGAAGGUUGACUCAUUCAGAGACUAACAAAAGUGCCCUUCAACAGUCAAAUUCUGGUAUUAAGCGUUAGAAUUCAUUGCAGAGUUUUGACAAGGAUUUUGAGAAACCUUCUUCUGAGCAUUAACUUGAGGACUAUGGAACAGAGAGAUUUAUGAAAAGGCCUUAGAGUGUGGCAGAGUCAUCUCGCCGACCUCUAUCAAUUGAGAGACAUUCUCAGGCAAUCAGAGACAUGAAUCAUCACAUUUAGACAGAUGGGAACAUGCCCUUAGAUCACUUUAAAAGUAAACAGCUCGAGCAGUUCUUUACAGAAGCUAGUUCAGGUAUCAAACAGCCACAUCCCAUAUCCACUAGGAACACUUUGAUGGAAGCUAAAAUAAGUCUAGAUCGGUAGGUAAAGGAAGCAAAGCAGUAGAAGAUCAUUCAAAUGGAACUAAAUAAGAAGAGAAACGCAGGAUACAUGCCAGAGAUGCGACGCAAAGAUAUCAUGAAUCAGAGAAAGAAGAUUCAUUAGGAUCCAAUCGAAAUAGAUAGAAGACCCUCAGGCAUAAUUGCUUAAGGCGAUCUUGUAGAGUAAGAUAGCAUUUACGACUUAAAGCAAUAAGAAGAAGCCCUGAAUAUGAGUGAUCUAAGUACUCAGAAAAAAGAAUUUGAUAUCAAGUAGGAUGAUGAUGAAGGAGAGGAGUUAAUGAUUGACAGGGAAUAGGAAAAAGAAGAGGUCAUGAAGUUCAAUCAGAGGAGCAUGAUGAGCUAAGAUAUCAUUAUACCACAAAAGAGAGUAGAGGAAUUUGUAUAAAGUAUUAGCAAUGAAGAUAAACCACAAGAAACUACUGAAGAAUUUAAGAAAGCAGUUAAUAAAUUCAGCAUUAGGAAUAUGAGAGCUCCCAGUGCCAAUUUAAAUGCAGUCAAGAAAAUCUAAUUCCUGAAUAUCCACAAUCAGGAAGACUUGAAUCCCAACAUUUAGCAAGAUAAGUAGACCACACCUGACGGAAAACAGCUGAAACCCUCAAGCAGAUUGAUAUCUGCAAGAGUAGGAGGCUCAAAUUCAAAGUAUAACAAGCCUAUGAGUAUUUUGGAUUCCUAGCAAAAUCGCAUAAUGACUGCUAGGGAUUCUCAUCAAACAAGAGGUGGGUUGAUAAGCGCAACUACUCGCCCACAGACAGCAUUCAACUCUUCAUAUAAAACAAACAAGGAGAGAUUCAUGAGAACUUAGAGAGCCAAGUCAAGCUAUAGAAUGUUUGCUCCAUCUUCUGCUAGCUAGAGGCGUUAAGGCUCUCCCCCAGGUGCAGGGCAGAAUUUCAGUAAUAGACACUAGCAUACUUUUGACAAGACCUAUUCAACCACCAUUACCUCACCAAGAAUAAACCAAAAAGAUAUGAUAAUCAUGAAACUAAACAUGAUUGGGAAACAAUGCAAGGAGGAGAGAAAAGACAUUAAGGCAUAGAUCAGGGUGCUCAAAUAAGGGCAUGCUAGAGAAACCAAGAAAAUGAAUAAUAUACAAGAGAAAAUAGAGUAGAAGUGCAUGACUGUUAUUGAACUAGGCCAAAAGAAGGAUGCUCUUCGAGACUUUAGAUAUGAGAAGCAUACCUUUAUUUAUGGCAAGAUUGACCAAGGAAUGGGGCAUUACCUCAGAGCAGAUGGCUAUGACAGAGUUGAAGUUAGUGAGAAAAUAUCUAAGCUCAACGGGAAGUACGCUUUUAUGGCAGAGAAUAUCAAAAUUUGA